AUGGCAAGAAAGAAAACGAGGAAACAAAAAAGGGCGAAAACUCCCAAGAGAUCCAUAGUUUUUGGUGUUAAUGAUCCGGUUACCAGAAAAGGUUGGAUUAUACUGGCUGUUCUCUGCGUUUUUGGAACUGUGAAAGGGAUGCAGAUUGAUGGUGAUCGUGUGGGAUACAAGAUGUAUCUAGGAAUGGCUUUCCUGUUUUUCUAUGUGAUUGACAUCAUCGAAUCGUUUUUCUGUGAACCUCCAACUACAGUUGGCAAGGCAGGCCGAUGGGUAAGAACUUUUGUCCCUUUGGUACUAUUUAUCAUCAUCUAUUUUACCAUCUACAACUUCCAAACCUUUCAUGUAUCCCUUCUGGUUUUAUCCAUCGUUUUUGGAUUAGUUGUUUGGGUUCAGCUUGUUAGUCCAGUGGAAGGGUUUCACUUUGCUUAUGUAGUUGUGAUCAUCAUACUAGGAUCUUAUUUAGCUCUCUUGGCAAGUGACUAUGAUCCCAAAGUCCAGCCCUUUUGGUUCUGUUUUCUCUCUAUUUUCUUUAUUCAGUUUGUCAUCUAUGGUCUCAAUUGCCCUUGUGAUGGCAUUGUAUUCUUCAGUUUCUAUUGAGUUUCCAUCUUCUGUAACUGUCAGAUCUCUCAGUGGUUUACCUUUUGGUCAUCUUAUUAUGCGUUGUUGUUGUUCAAUAAUUUCUAGAACCUUGUAGUCAAAUAUUAU